GCCAGGCUGGUUGCUAACUGCCGCCGCCGCCGCUCGCCCGGGCAGCCGUAUUGUCACCCGGAGCCGGGGGCAGUUCCGCGGCGCGAGGUCCGUGAGGUCCGUGGGCCUGAGGCAGGAGCCUGGCGCUUCCCAGCUCGGCCGUCCCUACGUUCCAGGCCCCACUCGCGGCUGCGCCGAGGCGCCCCGGGGCCCGCGCAGGGCCCUCUUCGGCUGCAAUGAAAGGCUCCCGGGCCGUCAGCGGCAUCUCCGGCCCUCCAGAGGGCAGCCCGGAAGGUGUGGACCUGAGCCUGACAGGCCUCCCUCCGCCUGUGUCCCGGCGCCCCAACAGUGCCUCGGCCGCCAAGCCCAUCGCCCGCUCUGUCUCCGUGACCACAGGCAGCGAGCCCAGGAGGAAAGCGCUGGAGCCUGCGGGGCCAGUGGGGACCCGGGCCAUCAACAACCUCCGCCGAGCAAGCAGCAGCACGCAGGUCAGCCAGCCCUGGACCGGCCCCCUCAGGCCUGCGGAGCCCACUGACUUCCAGAUGCUCUUCGAGGGCUGCCCCGGUAGGGAGGAGAGGCUGGCCGGCCUGAGCAGGGCGUCCAGCGAGCAGGGAGCCACAUGGAACGUGCUGGACGAGCAGCCCGGGGCGGCCGCGUCACCGUGCAGGGCCCUGGGCUCGCCCGCCGGCCUGCGGAGGGAGGAGGGCGCCGCGGCCCCGGCCCCCAGCCCCACCGCCAACAACAGGAGCAGCAAGCGCACCGCAGGCACCUGUGUCCCCUCGAUGGUGCACAACCACUGUGGCCCUGCCGGAAGGCCACCCCCGCCUGAGGGCACGCACCAGACGACACCCCCCCUCAACAAUCUCGUCAAGGCGGCCGCCGAUGAGGGCAUCGGGGACAGUGGCUUUAGGAGGCCGCAGAAGAACUUCUCUGGCAGCAGUCACCCGGCACCGAACAACACAAGGGGGCCCCCGAGUCUGCUCAGGAGGAAGGAGGUGACAGAGGAGGAGGCCGAGAGAACGUUCCGUAGGUGGAAUCAUGCAGCAUUGUUGCCACCAGCCCAGCACGAUUCGUGGCUUCGUUCCUUUUCCUUCGGGAUGCCUUCCUGUGACGUGGCUUUGCACGGCUUCCUCUUUCCCUGGACGCUGAGCACGUUUCACUUUGGGGCAGUUAUGAAUGAAGCCGCCGUGGACAUUCGUGCACGAGGUUGCGGGGACGAGCGCCCUAGUUUCUCCUGAGGAACUUCUGGGUUUUGGUUUUGGUGACGCUGGUCUGGAGGAGCUGGUCCCAGCCGUGUGUGGCCCCGUGGAGGAGCUCUGUGUGUGUGCAGCCCUUUCUGAGUGCGCCUUCU